ACCUCCCUUCCUGCCCUGGGUGUGGAGCGCCGGCCAGGUGUGGGCUUGGGUGGUUGGUUACCGCCUUUUGCACCAGCAGCAGCGGGGCGGGGGGGGUGGGCGCUCUUUCUUUUUCUCUUAGACGAGGGUUUAGCACAGGUUUUUUCGUUCUCACUUCCACCCCACCUAUCCGCCUCCCGACCCCCCUUCUCCCCCUCCCCACCUAUCGUCAUGACGGCCUCUCCGGAUUACUUGGUGGUGCUUUUUGGGAUCACUGCUGGGGCCACCGGGGCCAAGCUAGGCUCGGAUGAGAAGGAGCUGAUCCUGCUGUUCUGGAAAGUCGUGGAUCUGGCCAACAAGAAGGUGGGACAGUUGCACGAAGUACUAGUUAGACCGGAUCAGUUGGAACUGACGGACGACUGCAAAGAAGAAACUAAAAUAGACGUCGAAAGCCUGUCCUCGGCGUCGCAGCUGGACCAAGCCCUCCGACAGUUUAACCAGUCAGUGAGCAAUGAACUGAAUAUUGGAGUAGGUACUUCCUUCUGUCUCUGUACUGAUGGACAGCUUCAUAUCAGGCAAAUCCUGCAUCCUGAGGCUUCCAAGAAGAAUGUACUAUUACCUGAAUGCUUCUAUUCCUUUUUUGAUCUUCGAAAAGAAUUCAAGAAGUGUUGCCCUGGUUCACCUGAUAUUGACAAACUGGACGUUGCAGCAAUGACAGAGUAUUUAAAUUUUGGGAAGAAUAGUUCAGUCUCUCGAUACGGAGCCUCUCAAGUUGAAGAUAUGGGGAAUAUAAUUUUAGCAAUGAUUUCAGAGCCUUAUAAUCACAGGUUUUCAGACCCAGAGAGAGUGAAUUACAAAUUUGAAAGUGGGACUUGCAGCAAGAUGGAACUUAUUGAUGAUAACACCGUAGUCAGGGCGAGAGGUUUACCAUGGCAGUCUUCAGAUCAAGAUAUUGCAAGAUUCUUCAAAGGACUCAAUAUUGCCAAGGGAGGUGCAGCACUUUGUCUGAAUGCUCAGGGUCGAAGGAACGGAGAAGCUCUGGUUAGGUUUGUAAGUGAGGAGCACCGAGACCUUGCACUACAGAGGCACAAACAUCACAUGGGGACCCGCUAUAUUGAGGUUUACAAAGCAACAGGUGAAGAUUUUCUUAAAAUUGCUGGUGGUACUUCCAAUGAGGUAGCCCAGUUUCUCUCCAAGGAAAAUCAAGUCAUUGUCCGCAUGCGGGGGCUCCCUUUCACAGCCACAGCUGAAGAAGUGGUGGCCUUCUUUGGACAGCAUUGCCCUAUUACUGGGGGGAAGGAAGGCAUCCUCUUUGUCACCUACCCAGAUGGUAGGCCAACAGGGGAUGCUUUUGUCCUCUUUGCUUGUGAGGAAUAUGCACAGAACGCGUUGAGGAAGCAUAAAGACCUGUUGGGUAAAAGAUACAUUGAACUCUUCAGGAGCACAGCAGCUGAAGUUCAGCAGGUGCUGAAUCGAUUCUCCUCGGCCCCUCUCAUUCCACUUCCAACCCCUCCCAUUAUUCCAGUACUACCUCAGCAAUUUGUGCCCCCUACAAAUGUUAGAGACUGUAUACGUCUUCGAGGUCUUCCCUAUGCAGCCACAAUUGAGGACAUCCUGGAUUUCCUGGGGGAGUUCGCCACAGAUAUUCGUACUCAUGGGGUUCACAUGGUUUUGAAUCACCAGGGCCGCCCGUCAGGAGAUGCCUUUAUCCAGAUGAAGUCUGCGGACAGAGCAUUUAUGGCUGCACAGAAGUGUCAUAAAAAAACCAUGAAGGACAGAUAUGUUGAAGUCUUUCAGUGUUCAGCUGAGGAGAUGAACUUUGUGUUAAUGGGGGGCACUUUAAAUCGAAAUGGCUUAUCCCCACCGCCAUGUAAGUUACCAUGCCUGUCUCCUCCCUCCUACACAUUUCCAGCUCCUGCUGCAGUUAUUCCUACAGAAGCUAUUUAUCAACCCUCUGUGAUUCUGAAUCCACGAGCACUGCAGCCCUCCACAGCGUACUACCCAGCAGGCACUCAGCUCUUCAUGAACUACACAGCGUACUAUCCCAGCCCCCCAGGUUCGCCUAAUAGUCUUGGCUACUUCCCUACAGCUGCUAAUCUUAGCGGUGUCCCUCCACAGCCUGGCACGGUGGUCAGAAUGCAGGGCCUGGCCUACAAUACUGGAGUUAAGGAAAUUCUUAACUUCUUCCAAGGUUACCAGUAUGCAACCGAGGAUGGACUUAUACACACAAAUGACCAGGCCAGGACUCUACCCAAAGAAUGGGUUUGUAUUUAAGGGCCCCAGCAGUUAGACCAUCCUCAGAAAAGAAGUGUUUGAAAGAUGUAUGGGGAUCUUGAAACUGCCAGAUGCAAGAAAACUUCUAGCAAAUUCAGGGGAAGUUUGUCUACACUCAGGCUGCAGUAUUUUCAGCAAACUUGAUUGGACGAGCAGGCCUGUGCCUUAUCUUUUGGUGGAGUGAAAAAAUUUGAACCAGUGAAGCCAAAUCCUUACAGCAAACAGCAUGCAGCAUACCUGGCUCUUUGCCGAUUGCAAAUAGGCAUUUAAAAUGUGAAUUUGAAAUCAGACGUCUCUAUUAUUUCCAGCUAAAGUGGCAUCGUAGGUGUUUCCUAAGUUUUAAGUCUUGGAUAAAAACUCCACCAGUGUCAACCAUCUCCACCAUGAACUCUGUUAAGGAAGCUUUUGUAUAUUCCCACUCCUUUCUCUCUAUUUUCCUGUCUUCUGCAUAAUCAUGCCCUCUUGCUAAGUAAUUCAAGCAUAAGGUCUUGGAAUACUAAAAUCAUAAGCUUAGGAAAAAGAGUAAAAUUGUUAUUUUCUAAGUCUUUUGGCCAUGAUGAUCUUAUAGUUAAAUAAUUUUAAAACACCUUAAGAUACUUUAGAAAAAAUGGUGCACCCUCCACAAAACACAGUUUAAAAGUGUGGAUCUUUUUCUCAGCAGGUAUCAGUUGUAAAUAAUGAACUAGGGGCCAAAAUGCAAAACCAAAAAUGAAGCAGCUACAUGUGUUUAGUAAUUUCUAGUUUGAACUGUAACUGAAUAUUGUGGCUUCAUAUGCAUUAUUUUAUAUUGUACUUUUGUCAUUGAUGGUUUGGACUUUAAUAAGAGAAAUUCCAUAGUUUUUAAUAUCACAGAAGUGAGACUAUGUGAACCGUGUAUUCUAGAAAACAGUAUACUAACUGAACAGAAGUGAAUGCUUGUAUAUAUUAUGAGAGCCUUAAAUCUUUUUCUCUAAUGCCUUAACUGUCAAAUAAUUAUAACCUUUUAAAGCAUAGGACUAUAGUCAGCAUGCUAGACUGAGAGGUAAACACUGAUGCAGUUAGAACAAGUACUAAUGCUGUCAGUGUUUAACACUGUGUUUAGCUGUGUUUAUGCUACAAAAGUGCAAUAUUAGACACUAGCUAGCUAGUACUGCUGCCUCAUGUAACUCCAAAGAAAACAGGAUUUCAUUAAGUGCAUUGAAUGUGGAUAUUUCUUUAAGUUACUUAUAUUGUCCUUUGCUUGAAUGCAAUGCCAUAGAGAUUUAUGUGGCUGCUAUUUUUAUUUUCUUUGCAUUACUUUGAGUAACACCUUAAAGGGAGAAGCAAACAUUUCCCUCUUCAGCUGACUGGCAAUGGCCCUUUAACUGCAAUAGGAAAAAAAAAAAAAAAGGUUUAUGUGAAAAUUGGUGAUAACUGGCACUUAAGAUCGAAAAGAAAUUUCUGUAUACUUGAUGCCUUAAGACAUUGUGUGUCCAAAGCUCUGAAAGACUUAAGAUAGGCAGUAAUGCUUACUACAUUACUACUGAGUUUUUGUAGAGUUAACAUUUGAUAAUAAAACAUGCCUGUUUAAUCUCAA